AUGGAAUGCACUAUGAAUAUGCUAUAUCAGCAAUUUCCAUCUUAGAAUUAAUUGAAAUAAUUGAUGUACUUGUUAGAGAAUGCAAGCGAUCGAUUUUAUCAACCUUUAAUUUAUAAGGCAAGGUUAAAAAAUGUUUUAGAUAACUGUUGGUAAUUGUGUGAUUGUCUCACACUUUUUACUACUGUCUUCAUGAAUUAUAUAUGGUACAUAAUUUUAUUUCAUAUUUUUAGCUCUUUAAAAGUCAGAAAUAGUUUACAUUCUAGUCUGCAAAGCCAGAAUUAAAAUAUUUAGUUUGAUACCAAAUUUAUUAUCUUUUUUUGA